AAAAAUAAAAAUGUAUUUAUUUUAUAUCUGAGUUUAUAAUUUACUGAUUAUGAUUUAGAAUUUGGUAUUUAAGGGAUAUAAAUCAAAGUAGAAUUUACCAAUUUGUGUAAUUUAACUUUUUGGUCACAUGAAUGCUAUUUUGAAAAAUUUAUCAUUCUAUUUUGGAUAUUUUAAAAUACUAUUUUUGGAGUUUUACCUAAUUAUAUAUCUCUAUUUAAAUCGGUCAUUGAUUUAUUGGUCAGUUUUAUUAAAAUGCUGGUGAUAAAUAAAUAUAAGGGUUGUAUAUUAAUUUACCAAACAAAGUGAAAAAAAAAACUUAAAUAUAUAUUAUUUAAAAUUAUAAGGUACUACAUGUAGAUUCUGAAAAUGAUACUUUUUCAGCACUUGUGAUUUUUUUUUUUUUUAAAUAGACUAGUUAUCAGCACUUGUGAUUAUAGACUUAUCUAUGUCAAGCCCAUCUGCCCAUGACUUGCUUUAUAAAUUAUAUCCAAACUCUUUUGAAACGACGCAGGGGCCAUGAAUGUAUAUAGGCAUUUAUAUAGACAUUUUAUUAUUAAAAAUAGUGAGGACCAAUCUUAUUUGGAAACAUCCUGAACUAAUAAAAAGUAAUGAUAAGUAUCAACUACAUAGUCUACAUUGUGUAGAUAAGGAAUUUCAAUAAUUUAUUGUAAAGCUAUAAAUACAAUAUAGUUUAAUACGAUGGCCAUCUCACGUUGAUUGUGAUUUUUCUUUUUCUUUUCUAUAUAUAUUUUGUGUAUCAAUAAAUUCAUACCAAACAAAUACUCAAUUUUGUAAGAAAUUAUAUCAUCAACCCACAAAAAAGUAUAUUGUUUUAAACAUAAAAAAUUGCUUAUGUUUUAUGUAAUAGUGUAGCUAGCAAGUAACCUACAUAUUUUUCCUUGGGAUGCUUGUCAUUAAUUCUUAAAAAGGUCUCCAAUAACGUCUAAAACGCAAAUAAAAACAACCUAUAACUAAAUGAUAGCUAGCUUAUUAUAUUCAUCUUACAUUAACAGUAGUAUUUUUUUUUACUGAAUCAUAAUUAGUAAUAUGACUUUGAACAAACAACCACCUAGUUAAGAGUGUUUCCAAAUAUGUUCAGGUGCGAGUGUCAUUUUUUUAAACAUUAUGGGUGUCAUUUUCUUUUGUUCACAACUUUUUAUUUUAUCAACCAAGACUUAAAUUUUGAUCAGACAUCUCCAAAUAUAUUCUACUAACCAUAGGUCAUACAAGAAAGGUCGUGACUGAUCAAAGAUUUUGGUUGAAAGCUUUUGUGUGUGUUUGUAAAUGAAUUUAUAAGCGCUAAUUAAUAGGAAGUAAGCAUUCUUUGGACAUGAUUUUUGACAUCCUUAUUUAGCGAUUAUGUUUUGAAUUCUUGUAAACCUUUUUGAUAUUCUUUGGACAUAUGACUUUACGGCAGGAUACAUGUAAAAUGUUUUAAAGAUAUUUCAACGUUUAAGGAUUUUGAAACACUUAGAUAAAAUUAGUAUAAAAGAUUAUAUAAUAGGGAUUUAUGAAUGCCUUUUUCAAAAAGAAAAAAUAUUAUAUAAUAGGGGUUAUUGGACAAGCCCUCUCCUUUGAAUUUGAAAUCCGAAUAUAAUUAGACGUAAGCUAGCAAGCCUAUGGAAAAUUGGCUAGGAUUAUAAUUCUGACGUGGCUAGCAAACCUAAUGCACACGUUAUGUGGGUUGGUGCAUACCGCGGCUAGGUUUGAUGUUUGAGAGCAUGAGAGCAAUGGUGUCUUUCUCUCAUGCUAUGCUACUCAAGCGCUGCACCUCAUGACUCAUGUGGUCCUUGUAAAGUAUUUCAUGGCACGCGUACCAAACGAUAGAAAACUAUAAGGCAAGGCCACCAACAGAGAAAUAAGCUUCUAAGCAUUGAACACAAAGUAAGCCAAUCUGAAGAAUAUACUGUCCAAAUCGUUUGUCUUCAUGUUGUGACCUGAGUCGUCAACAUCCAUUGAACGAAAAUUAUAUUUUGGUUUUCAUUAGCUAGCCUCAAUCACGUUAGACAGUAUUCACAAUUAACAAAAAAAAUUGUAACUAUACAUAAAAAAUUAUAUUUUUGUAAGAUGCAAGCAUGACCGGCUUAACAUUGUUAUGAGUCUUAGGACAAAAUUUUUUUUUAUCUUCUACGAUUUAUAUUCAGUUAAUGUUUAAAAUAUUUUUAAAAUUUAAUCAUUAAUAUUUUGUAUAUUUUGUGAUGAAAAUAUAACUAUAUACAUAUCAAAUAUUUUGGACCCUUUUUAAUUUUAUUUAUUAUAUUAUAAUUUUUAUAUAAAAAUAUAGAUUUAUAAAAAAAAUUGAACCCCUUAACUAUUAACAUACCGGAGGGAAGGGGAGAAACAGUGGCUUGGACCCGGGGCGGUCACACCGCUUGUUCCCCUUUGUCAGCCGCCCUUGGAUGCAAGUAUUAGUGCCAAUUUGAGAGAUUUAUUUACAAAAUAUAAAUUCACAAUAAACCAUCCAGAAACUUAUAUAUACAUACAUUUAUAAAAGAGUUCGAAAAAAACUUACACUUAUAAAAUUAAUUUUAAUAGAGUAAGAACAUCUCCAAUGAUCUUUUAAAAUUUUCUCUAUAAUUUUCUCUAAAAUAAAGUAAUUUUAGUAUAGAACAACUUUUGCUCUAAUGGUGUAACUAUAAAAUAGAGUUACUGUAUAAUAGAGUGAAAUAUAGAGUAAUGUUAUUCUUUAUUCCACUCUAUUAUAGAGUAACUCUAUUAUAUAGUUACACCAUUAGAGCAUCCACAAUGGAUAACUUCAUUUUCAUCUUCAAAUAUUCAUUUUCUUCAAAAUGAAAAAAAAUAUGAAGUGACAUAUCUUCCAAUAGUCUACUUCAUUUUCUUUUUCAAAAAAGAAUUUUUCAAUUAUAUUCUUUCUCUAGUUUAUCAUUAAUUAUUAAAAGCACCUUAUAUUUUUUCAUAUUUAGUAAUGUUUAUUUGUUUUAAUACUAAUCCAACACAAUAACUAAUUAAUAUAAAGUAAAUAUUAUCAUAAAAGAAAAUUAGCACACAUACCAUAAAUAAAUAUGCAAAGAACACCAGAUUUAUGAAGAAGCACUAGAUAUAUUUCUCCCUCGAGUGAUCAAUUAAAGAGUUUUGAAGUGAGAAAUAAACUUUUUGAUCCUUGAUUCUUUGAAACCGAGCCAAAAAAUCUUUGAAUAUACUAUAUGUUUUAGUAUAUUUAAUGUUGUAAUUAAUUAAAUGAAAAUAAAAAUGAAUUUUAGAAAUUAACAAGGAUCAUAUUAAUAAAUAUAGUUUAUUUUAUCAAAAAGUAUGAACAAAUAAAAGUUGAGGACCAGUUUACAAAUUAAAAUUUUCAUCUUUAAAAAGUGAAGAUGUAAAUAGUAUAUCUUCAAAUUUAAAGCAAUCAUGUGCAUGCCUUUAUUUUGAAGUAAGAAAUUAAGUACUAUUGAAACAAUUUUUUAUUCAAAAUGAAACAAAAAAAUUAAAAAAAAAGCACCAUUUAAAAUUGUCUUAGAGCAAAAGUUACUCUAUAACAGAGUUGUUCUAUUUUAAAGUAGAUUAUAGAAACAAUUAUAAAGGACCAUUGGAAAUGUCCUAACUUCUGGAUCUUAAUUCCACAACUCAAAUUCGAAAUGUUUUUAGAUAUUCUCAUUAAAAAAAUAGUACCAAAAGUAAAUUGUAUCGAAGAUAAAAAAAAACACAUUUAUUAAAUUGUUAUAUGCUAUAUACUUAAAAACCAAACAACGGUCGUAUUGAUUAGAAGAUAACAGUCGUUAAAUUGUUAUAUGCUAUAUGGUUAAAAACCAAACGACGAUCGUAUUGAUUAGAAGGUAACAGUUGUUACAUUUCCUUUUCAUAGAACUAGUCGUCCACGAACUUUCAGAAAGUAUGUAAUUUUAAAAAAUCAAAAAAUUGUGUAUUUAAGAAAAAGAGAACGAAAAGAGCAUACGCUGUAUGCAUAAAAGAAUACUAGAAGAAAGGGCCACCGAUGGACCAUAUGCUUCUACAUCAGCAAAAGGAAUCAUUAUCUAUAAACCAAGAAAUUAAAAACGCCUUUAAUUACAUUCUCUUCUAGAUAAUAAGUAGUUAAGUACAAACCGCCUUUCAGAUAUUUUGACAUCAUUAGCACUUAAUUUUGGAAAACAUACAGUACAAUAUUUAUUUCAGGUUACACUUGCCAUACAUUUUCCAUACCCUUUUCUGUUUUUCUUAAGUAUAUCCUUCAUGCUCAGUUGAAACGUUGAAAUGUCUAUUUUUUAAUCUUAUGAACAAUAUCUUGUUGCUUUCACAUCAUAUGGGUUCUUAAAGAAAAACGAUUGUGUAAGAGACUGAAAAAAAAAAGAAAGAAAGAUGGUAAAGAGGCAAGAAAAAUGCACAAUGAAGAUCGAAGACAGCUAUCCAUAGAAAAGCAAAACAGUCGUUAUAUAUGUGGAGAAGAUUAACUCAAAUCCAAUAAAAACAUUUUGUCAUAAUGCGUUUACAAUAGGAUAAAAUAUUGCACCAAAAGAAAACACAACUAAAAUACUUUGAAAACAUUUGUAAACGGUAGAAAAGGUGAAGACAAAAGAGUAAAAGACAAGUAGACAACUAAUUAAAGUAGCAGCAUUAACUUUUAGUGUAAUUGAUUUCAUAAACACAAAUGUGAUUUUUUAAAGAUUUCAUAAACACAAAUGUGAUUUUUUAUAAAUGAAUGUUAAAUUGUAUUCAUCAAAAAACAUUUUAUACAUCAAGUACUACUUUUGAGUUUAUGGUGUGAAAAACAUAAAUAUAAAGAAAAAUCUUCUAAACCUUUUUUUUAUCUUCUAAAACCAAACUAAAUGUUCAUGUCCUCGCCGUAUUUCCGAUCAUCUUGUCUUUGGAAGGUGGAGAGCCUAUUCCUUACUGUUUUGUCGAUGGUUUUAAUGAUCUGUGUUGCUGGUAAUAGGCUUUUUCCAUGCCUUCUACUAUUCCUUUCUCUCUAUAUCAUGUGUGUGGCUGUUUGAAAUGUGUAUCUCAUGAGAAACAGUCGGACUUGAUCUUGAUGGUGGCUCAGCAGAAGUGUGAUAAUAUCUUCCCAAGUCUCUGUGUAGUCAGCCUGCAGCAGCCCUUUCAUAAGAGGAUCUCAAACUUGACUUGAGAAAGGGCAUGAGAAAAAAAGAUAGGUUUCUUGUCUCCGUGUAUUGACGACAAAGAACUCAAACUUGAUCGAAUUCUAAUUUUUCAUUCUAUCACACGUGAAUAGUCUAUCUCAAAUAGCUGUCCAGACAUGAAAGGAUUGCUUCGGAGUUGCGUACUUGAACCACACCACUUUACUCCAGCUUUGUAAGGGGAAGUCAUCACGUAUCUGAAGCCAAGUGUUUUUUGAAGAGAAAGAGUUCUUGAACUUGUCAACUCUACUACGCCAUAAAGAAAUGUCGUAACCUUGGUGAUUGCCUAACCUGAGUUUGUCCAGUUCGUCCUCCAAUUUGUUGAGCAAGCCUGUUCGAUGAUGGCGACAACGGUGAGUUGAGAUCGCCUCUGCGACUGUCGCAGUUGCAGGAAUACCAAGAUCAAUGUGGCCUCCAGUGCCAGUCAAUUUCAAGAGUCUCCCCAAGUUACACCAAUGGUCAUGCCAAAAUGAAGUAGAGACGUCAAUUUUAACCUCAACCUGAUGGAAAUCCUUCGCUGCUUCUUGACUUUUUAGAAUUUUUCUCCACAUCCAAAAGUCUGUUGUUGAGCUUUCCUUUGCUGACCGUCAUUUUGUGUGCGAACAGUGACAGCCCGAGAUACCUUAUAGGUAGUUGUCCUGCUGCAAAUGGGAAGUUGGCUAGAAUCGCUUGUUGGUUCUCUGUAGUGAUGCCUGCCAUAUACAAUGUAUACUUCUCUACACUAAUCUUCAGACUAUAUAACUUAGUAAACUCAAUAAAAACUGAAAGGAUUCCUUCAACUGACCUCUUAUGUCCAUCUGUAAAUACCAUUAUGUCAUUAGUCAAGCAUAGGUGAGUCAAAGGAACAUUCUUACAUCUCGGGUGGUAUCCAACUGUUCUAUAUGCUGCAUCUUUAUCAAUCAUUUGAGAGAGUACAUUCAUACAAAUCACAAACAAGGAGGGAGAUAGCACACAUCCUUGCUUCAGACCUCUGUUACUGUUAAAGUAUCCCGGCAACUCCCUAUUUACCUGAACCCAAAAGGAUGUUGUGGACACACAUAAGCGAAUCCAAUGCACAAAUUUCUCAUGGAAUCCGAGUGCCUCUAAAGAAGCGAACAAGAAUGGCCAUUGUACUGAAUCAAAAGCUUCAGAUACGUCUAUCUUCAUAGCACAUCGUGGAGAGAUCUCAGAUUUAUGAUAAUCUUUGACUAAUUCAGUAGCUAAAAGAAAGUUCUCCAUCAACAACCUAUCUUUUACAAAUGCUGACAGAUUAGGGGCAAUAAAUUUUGGCAUGAUACUUUUAAGUCGAUUAGCUAACAGCUCUGAAAUCACUUUGUAUAGAAUAUUGGAGCAGAAGAUUGGUCAGUAGUCUUUCAUUUUUUCGCCUUAUCUAUUUUUGGGAUUAACCCGAGAAUAGUGGAGUUGAUACUUUUCGGUAAGAAGCCUCUAAUAAAGAAGGAUUGUACUGCCACUACAAUAUCUUCUCCGAUGAUUGGCCAAACUGCUUUGAAGAAUUUUGUGAUGUAUCCAUCAUGUCCAGGAGAUUUGUUUGAUGGCAUUUUAAACACUAAUACAGUUGUGAUAUUUUUACUACUGCCACACACAUAUAUGUGUGAAUUAGAAGUUUAUACGUGGAUUAGUUCAAUUAAAUUCAUAGAUAAAAGUAAGGAUAAGAUAUUAAUGAAGGUAAAUAAGUGUUGGUUGGUGGAGAUGAAUGGAAGGAUGAAAUACAGACAGAUCGGGGAAUAUGAACUAACGCUGUCUUCAACUCUUUAUUGGAUACACAUGGCCAUCUUUUGACUACGAUUGGAGUGAAUUUUUAGAAACCUUUCAUAAUCCUAUUUAAUACAGUCAUUUAUUAUUGUAUAGAAGGAUAACAAAACACUUAUAUUCACAAUCUCAGAGAUAUUGAAGUCAUCAUCAGUCAUUACAACAAAAUGAGAUUCAUGGACGUCUUGCUUCAAAAAUUUGAAUAUAAAACUAAUAUUACAUUCGAAUAUGCCAGUAUGCAUUAAGUUUAUGUUUUCUUUCUCUCUUUAUUUUGUAUUAAAAUUAGCAUUUAUCCAAAUUUGCAAAUUAUAUUUAUACAGUUGCAUUCUGCUUCUGCCCCUACCACUGUCCUGGACGGAGGGACGGAUGCAAAUACCUUAAAUCAGAAUGACCCACAAAAUGGUACAAUUUGGAAGAAAACAAAAACUAGAGAGAAAUCCAAAGAUCAAAGUUGUGCAAAAAGCCCAUUGUGUAUCCAUUAAUGAUGGAAGUGACAAUACAAAGUAUCAAAAACUACAUGGACCCUCUUGUGGGAGUUUGGAAACUUUAUGGACCUCACAAAACUUCUAAGUAUGGUCGAGAAUAGAAUGGACCCAACAAAAUCAAAUUGCAAAGCUUUUUGGCGUUUGUGAGAGUAUGUAAGUUAAGGACUUAGGAGUAACAAAUAAUUAAAUAAGUAGAAUUAGGCAAAAAAGCAUGUUUCUAUUGAGCAUUGAAUUUUCUCCAAGUAUUCUUCCGUUGACCUGUUGGGGAAAUUGAUUUGGUCAAACUUAGACAAAUUGAGGAGCAUGCAGAAUUUGAAAGUAGACCAACCUCUCCAUCACACAAAAAUGUAACCAAGUCAAUGGUGUUAUAGUUUUCUCCCAACUCCACGUAAGUAUAUAACACACAGAAGAAACUCAUUCACACACACACAAUUUCAUAAAAACAAAACAAAAAACAGUUUUCUGCAAGUAAAGAGAGAUUAUAAUCAUUAGUAACUGAUGCAGGCUGUGAGAAGGAUCCCAUCAGGAGAAGGUGCAGAGAUGCGUGGAAGAUCCGAGACGAACCGGGUCAGACGUAAGAGUCACGGGUCAAGUCUGAGAGUUCGACAGCCUUGCACGUGUUCAGGACGGCCUGGCUCUGCCAAGUGCGUGCGUCACGGGUUUUUGGUGCCAAGCGAUGAGAAGCUUAUGCGGAAGGCGAGUGAUGGAAGCAGAGAGGUGUUGAGGAGAGCUUUAACGCCUCCGAUCCGGCGGAUGAAUCUCCGGUGGUUGAAUUUCCGGCCAACACCUAGCCGACUCUGUAAAAUGUCUUCCGUUUGAGUUGAGUUUUUUUUUGUUUUAUUGUAAUUUGUAAAUAAAAAUGAGAACUUUUUAUUACAGUAAUGUUGGAACUCGAA